AUGGCGGCAGCCGUUCUGAGCGGGCCCUCGGCGGGCUCCGCGGCCGGGGUGCCCGGCGGGACCGGGGGUCUCUCGGCGGUGGGCUCGGGCCCGCGUCUCCGCCUGCUGCUGCUAGAGAGCGUGUCCGGGUUGCUGCAGCCGCGCGCGGGGAGCGCCGUGGCGCCUGUGCAUCCCCCGGUGCGCUCGGCCCCGCACUUGCCCGGGCUCAUGUGCCUCCUGCGGCUGCAUGGGACGGUGGGCGGGGCCCAGAACCUGUCAGCCGUCGGGGCGUUGGUGGGUCUCAGUAACGCACGGCUCGGUUCCAUCAAAACCCGGUUUGAGGGCCUGUGUCUGCUGUCCCUGCUGGUGGGGGAGAGCCCCACGGAGAUGUUCCAGCAGCACUGCGUGUCCUGGCUCCGGAGCAUUCAGCAGGUCCUGCAGUCCCAGGACCCACCCCCCACAAUGGAGCUGGCUGUGGCUGUCCUGAGGGACCUGCUCCGCUAUGCCGCCCAGCUGCCCACGCUCUUCCGGGACAUCUCCAUGAACCACCUCCCCGGCCUCCUCACCUCCCUGCUGGGCCUCAGGCCGGAGUGUGAGCUCUCCGCGCUGGAGGGAAUGAAGGCGUGCAUGACCUACUUUCCUCGGGCCUGUGGGUCUCUCAGAGGCAAGCUGGCCUCGUUUUUCCUGUCCCGGGUGGAUGCCCUGAGCCCUCAGCUCCAGCAGCUGGCCUGUGAGUGUUACUCCCGGCUGCCGUCGCUGGGGGCCGGCUUCUCCCAGGGCCUGAAGCACACGGAGAGCUGGCAGCAGGAGCUGCGUAGCCUGCUGGCCUCCCUGCACAGCCUGCUGGGGGCCCUGUACGAGGGCGCAGAGACGGCCCCUGUGCAGUAUGAGGGCCCCGGGGUGGAGGUGCUGCUCACGCCCUCGGAGGAUGGGGACGCGCACGCCCUCCUCCGGCUCCGACAGCGCUUCUGCGGACUGGCCCGCUGCCUGGGGCUCAUGCUCAGCUCUGAGUUUGGGGCUCCCGUGUCCGUCCCUGUGCAGGAAAUCCUGGACGUCAUCUGCCGGACACUCAGCAUCAGCGCGAAGAACAUCAGCUUGCUCGGAGAUGGUCCCCUGCGGCUGUUACUUCUCCCCUCCAUCCACCUGGACGCCUUGGACCUGCUCUCCGCACUCAUUCUCGCGUGUGGAGGCCGCCUCUUGCGCUUCGGGGGCCUGAUCAGCCGCCUGCUUCCCCAGGUCCUCAAUGCCUGGAACCUGGGUAGGGAUACCCUCUCUCCAGGCCAGGAGAGGCCUUACAGCACCGUGCGGACCAAGGUGUACGCAGUGCUGGAGCUGUGGGUGCAGGUGUGUGGGGCCUCGGCAGGAGUGCUGCAGGGGGGCGCCUCGGGGGAGGCCCUGCUCUCCCACCUGCUCAGUGACAUCUCCCCGCCGGCGGAUGCUCUGAAGCUGCGCAGCCCGCGGGGGAGCCCGGACGGGGGACUGCAGACCGGGAAGCCCAGCGCUCCCAAGAAGCUGAAGCUGGAUCUAGGGGAGGCCAUGGCCCCGCCCAGCCACCGGAAGGGGGACAGCAACGCCAACAGUGACGUGUGCGCGGCCGCUUUGAGAGGCCUCAGCCGGACCGUUCUCAUGUGCGGGCCCCUCAUCAAGGAGGAGACUCACAGGAGACUGCACGACUUGGUCGUGCCCCUGGUCAUGGGGCUGCAGCGGGGCGAGACCCUGGGCAGCUCCCCAUACACCAGCUCCCGUUGCCGCCAGGAGCUGUACCGCCUGCUGCUGGCCCUGCUGCUGGCGCCGUCCCCCCGCUGCCCGCCCCCGCUCGCCUGCGCCCUGCAGGCCUUCUCUCUCGGCCAGCGCGAGGACAGCCUCGAGGUGUCGUCCUUCUGCUCGGAAGCGCUGGUGGUCUGUGCUGCCCUGACCCACCCCCGGGUUCCUCCCCUGCAGCCCACCGGCCCCCCCUGCCCCACGCCUGCCCCCGUCCCCCCUCCUGAGGCCCCGUCUCCGUUCAGGGCCCCCCCCUUCCAUCCCCCGGCGGGCCCCCCGCCCCCGGCACGGCCCGGACCUCCAGCCGCAGCCAACCACUUAGGCUUGUCUGUCCCGGGCCUGGUGUCCGUACCCCCCCGGCUCCUUCCCGGCCCUGAGAACCACCGGGCCAGCUCAAAUGAGGACCCCGUGCUUGCCCCGGGCGGCAGCCCUCCGCCCGCUCUGCCCCCGGAUGAGACUUUUGGGGGCCGAGUGCCCAGGCCGGCCUUCGUCCACUACGAUAAGGAGGAGGCGUCCGACGUGGAGAUUUCCUUGGAAAGCGACUCAGACGACAGCGUGGUGAUCGUGCCCGAGGGGCUGCCGCCCCUGCCGCCCGCGCCCCCCUCGGGCGCCACACCCCCGCCUGCGGCUCCAGCCGGGCCCCCCACGGCCUCCCCUCCUGUGCCCGCCAAGGAGGAGCCUGAGGAGCUUCCCGCGGCCCCGGGGCCUCUCCCGCCCCCGCCGCCCCCGCCCGCGCCGGGCCCGGUGGCGCUGCCGCCCCCCCAGCUGGUCGCUGAAGGGACUCCUGGCGGCGGGGGGCCCCCCUCCCUGGAGGAAGACCUGACGGUCAUUAACAUCAACAGCAGCGACGAGGAGGAGGAGGAAGAGGAGGAGGAGGAGGAGGAGGAGGAGGACUUUGAGGAGGAGGAAGAGGAGGAGGAGGAGUACUUUGAGGAAGAGGAGGAGGAGUUCGAGGAGGAGUUCGAGGAGGACGAAGGGGAGUUGGAGGAGGACGACGACGACGACGAGGACGACGACGAGCUGGAGGAGCUGGACGAGGCGGGGUUCGGCCCCGCGGGGGCGCCGGCGGGAGACGGGGGUCCUGCGCCGCCAAGCCCCGCCCCGGCUCCGCCCCCUGCCCAGUCCCCGGCCACGCGGCCGGCUCCCGAGGCGGAGCCCGGGCUGCUGCUGGAGGUGGAGGAGCCCGCGGAGGAAGAGGAGGAGGGAGGGGAGGGGCCGGGGGCCCGGGCCGCCCCCACGCUGGCCCCCGAGGUGCUGCCCUCGCAGGGGGAGGGGCCGCAGGCCACAGGGAGCCCCCCGGCCGGGCCGCCCCCGCAGGAGCUUGUGGAGGAGGAGCCCUCGGCUCCCCCGACGCUGCUGGAGGAGGGGACUGACAGUGGGGGUGACAGGGUGCCGCCGCCCCCCCCAGAGACACCCGCCGCGGAGGAGGCGGCGGCCGAGGCGGAGGCCGAGACGGCAGCCCUCCAGGAGAAGGAGCAGGAUGACACGGCCGCCAUGCUGGCUGACUUCAUCGACUGUCCGCCUGACGACGAGAAGCCACCGCCGGCCCCGGAGCCUGAUUCCUAG